AUGGAUGAUGUAAGGAUCUUUUUGUCAACUUUGAUUGUAGUUUGGAAGACUUGUGAAUUGAGUCCAAAACUCUACUUUGGGCAAGCUCUUGAAUUAGGUCUAUUGAUAACUAUAGAUGUCGGUGUUGUGGCUAUCGUAUGUGUCCAUGAUUGUGUUGAGGGUGUCAUAUGUGAGUCGGUGUUGCCGACCCUGGGGUCUAAAUGUAAGCAUCUCCUCCUUGUUAUCCCGCACAUAAGUAGAGAGGAACUUAAGUGUGGGUUGCUUCGAGAUAGGGAGUGUGAAAUCGGGGCUGUGGUGCUGUCGUUGGAGGGACAAGAGGAGGAGAGGAACUUGCGAAGGCGACGGAAUGUAAUGGUGAGGUUGAUGACACCAACUGGUGGCGAAAGCAGUGGUAGUGGAGCUUCGUCAGCGGCAGUCGGCAUUCGUCGAGAGGGAAGGUUGCUUGUUGUAGACGGGAGGAAUAAGGGCGAAGGGGGAUCCGGUGGGUUAAGGAGUUAUAAGGGUGGGUGGUAA